AAGACCUUCUAUAAUUUAAAUGCUUGUAAGUUGCCCAUUUGUGUAAAUUUCACUUGAAACUGAGAGGAAUGUAUUUCUUUUUUUUCCUCAGGUGUUCAAUACUACAUCCUCUCAUGAACCUUCAUCUGGAAAUACUGUGAAUGUGAGCAGUGUGGGGCAGUUUGCAGAUAUUGUCUUAGGGCAGCAUACGCUUCCCUCCUGGUAUUAUACAUCUAUUGAUGCUGUGCCCAAGCAUAGCAGCUCACACACUCAUAACAGAUGGCAAACACAGAUGGCUUUCUCCAAAACUGUUUAUUCAUUUGAAGUGAAAGAAGACACAGUACCAGGAACAGUUGUGGGAAAGGUGGAAACAGUGUUUGAAACUCUCACGCCUAUCACAUACUCAGUGCAGGAGGAUGACGGAGAGAACCUGUUCCUCCUGAGCCCCCUUUCAGGAGAGUUCCUAUUAUCCCGCAGCCUGGAUUUCGAAGCACAAAGCUUCUAUGUACUCACUGUUGUGGUGCAGCAGGGGGGUUCUCAGGUAUCCAGUGUCAGGGUGUACUUUAAUGUGUUGGAUGUGAACGACAACCCCCCUGUUUUCAGUCAAGAUACCUUAUCUGCGACAUUGCUGGAAGACACAUGGGUUGGCGCUUGCUUCUUGGCCUUGAAUGUGUCAGAUAAAGAUGAUGGUGAGAACGGAGACUUGAAACUGAGAGUGGUCGGUGGAGAUGAAGAGGAAGUAUUCUUCAUAAACCCAUCUGGUAGUUUGUGUUUGAACACAGAGUUAGACAGAGAGAGACAACCCUUUUACAAUCUAACUGUGACAGCCAAUGACUGUGUUCACCCUGUAUCUUUACGGUUCACCACCACAGCAUGUGUCUUUGUAGUGGUUGAUGAUGUCAAUGACAAUCCUCCAGUGUUUGUGUCAACCAAAAUAUUCAGUUUACCAGAAGACACUGCACUUCAUUCUGUUAUAAUGACUGUACAUGCUGAGGAUGAAGAUGCUGGAUACAAUGGGGAAGUCUUAUAUUAUUUGAGCAACACUUCUGGUGGCAUAUUUAGCAUUGAUAAUAGAAGUGGAAAAAUAUACCUGGAGGAGGAAUUAGACAGAGAACAGGAAGAAACCCUGACUAUUACUGUAACCGCCACUGAUAAAGGCUCACCUAGAAUGACAACCACUAUGAAUAUCACAGUGCAUGUUGAGGAUGCUAAUGACCAUGACCCUGAGUUCCCACAAAGCACAUACAACCUGACAAUCAGUGAGGAUAUCCCCAGAGGAACGAGCCUGCUUCGUGUUCAAGCUCUGGAUCGAGAUGUCGGGACAAAUGGGCAAGUGCGGUACACGUUGACCCAGGCAAGUCCUUUUGUGGUGGACAUGGUUCGAGGUGUCGUCACCGUAAUGGAUAAAUUGGACAGGGAGAAGGAUUCAAACUACACCUUAAUUAUGACAGCUGUAGAUCAGGGGGAUAAACCCAGAUCUGCUACUGCCACCAUCAAUGUCUCAGUGUUGGAUGUCAAUGACUUUGCACCUGUUUUUACUCCAACAACAGUCUCCCUGCAUGUAAGGGAGAAUGAGGAGGACCCUUCUCAGCUAACAUAUCAGGUCUCUGCUUUGGAUGAAGAUUUAGGCAUCAACAGCCAGCUUACGUACUAUAUACAGAAAGGAAAUAGUGAUGGUUUGUUCUCCAUCACUCCCAGUGGCAUGUUGCAAAUUUUACAGAGCCUGGACCGGGAGAGGGAAUCAUUGUACUUCUUUACCAUCGUAGCUGUUGAUUCAGGACUGCCACCUCUAACAGGAACUCUAACCGUGCAUGUCAUAGUGGAUGAUGUCAAUGAUAACCGUCCACAGUUUACUGAAGAAGUCUACAACACCAUAGUAUCUGAGGACAGCCCUGUUGGCACUGUGUUUGCCAUGAUGACGGCAUUUGACAUUGACGAGGGUGUCAGUGGGGAAAUAAGGUAUUCCAUGGAGAACUUCGAUGUGCCCUUCGCCAUUGAUGAAACAUCUGGAGAGCUGUUUACAACCGAUGUCUUGGACAGGGAGACAGUCGCUAUUUACAGGCUGAUGGUGAUUGCCAGUGAUAAACAUCCUACUUGGCCUCUGUCAAGUGCAGUGCUUGUUACUGUGCUCAUCGGUGAUAUUAAUGACCACUGGCCCCAGUUUAUGAACAGCCCAUAUGUGGCCUAUGUGCCCAGUGAACUGGGUCCAGGCUCAGCUGUUUGUGCAGUAAGAGCAACAGAUGGAGAUACGGAGAUGAAUGCAGAACUACAGUAUUCGUUAUAUGGACAAAGUUCAGAUCUGUUUUCCAUCUCUCCAUAUAGUGGCACCAUAUUCACUUCAGUCGCCCUCCAGAGAACAGAAGACAUCAUUAUCAAUGUACAUGUGGAAGAUGCUGGAGAAAAUCCUAAAUUUGACAUCACUACCAUCAGCAUCAGAUUUCAGAACAUUUCUGAGUUCCCACAGAUGAAUGUGGAUGUUUUGAAAUAUACUCUCACUGAGGAUGUGCCAGUUGGGACAUUAGUGGCAGUUGUCUCUGCAGUGAGCAUCAGAGCUGAACCAGUCUCUUUUUAUCUAGCUUCUGGAAACUUUGAAGACAUGUUUCAUGUGGAGCAAUUAACUGGAGCACUGAUAGUGGAAAACCCUCUGGAUUAUGAGAACAUAAAGGAGUUUACUUUGCUGAUGGAAGCCAGAGACUCCGGCUCGCCUCCUUUCUCAUCAUUUGCAGAAAUUCACCUAAACAUCACUGAUGUAAAUGAUAAUUAUCCUCACUUCACCCAAGUUGAGUACAGGUGUGAGGUUUUUGAGAACUCCCCCCCAUCCUGGGUUUGUGAUGUUCUUGCCAUUGAUGCUGAUUCAGCCAGUUACAGCACAGUGCAGUACAACAUAAUAGAAGGAAACACUAACCAUGUUUUCACAAUCGACCCUGAAAAUGGUUUAUUGAGCACCAUCACAAGUUUAGACAGAGAAGAUAUCUUUGAAUUCAAUUUAACAGUUGAAGCUGCAGAACUAAACAACCCUCUUCAUAAGGACAGAGCAACUGUUAUUGUUAUAGUUUUAGACAGAAAUGACAAUGCACCUCGUUUUUCCCACAUUUUUGUCACAGAGGUACCUGAGGAUUCUCCUGUUGGACACACAAUUACACAAGUCACCUCAACUGAUGACGAUACAGGUGACAAUGCAGUGAUUCAUUACUCCAUCACUGACCAAAGUGAUGAUAUGCCAUUUAUUAUUGAUUCCGCCACUGGUUACAUCUGUGUUGAAAGACCUCUGGACAGGGAGACGCGAGAUCAUUAUAUCCUGAAAAUAAAUGCAAAUGAUUCAGCAUGGAGCAUUAGCACUGAUGUCACAAUAGUCAUUCUGGAUGUCAAUGAUAAUAGACCAGUAUUUUCUGAUCAUUCUUACACCAUUUUCCUCCCUGAAACAAAAGAUAAAGAGGCGUUUGUAAUGCAGGUUUUUGCAACAGAUGCAGACAUGGGGCAAAACCGUGAGAUUCUGUAUGUUACUGAACCUCCAAGCGAGGUGUUUUGGGUGAAUGCUUCCUCUGGUGAAAUCUUUACGAAGCAGCCACUAAUGUUACAUGGUUCUGCUUUUGAACUCUACCAAUUCACAGUCAUUGCAUUUGACUGUGGCAAUGUUCCUCUGCACAGUAGUGCCACUGUCACAGUGAGACUAGAACCAUAUAACUACUACCCACCAAUAUUUUUACCUUUCCAGCCUCUCAUUGCUAUACCAUAUCACAUGGCUGUGGGUACUGUAGUGGUCCAGUUUACAGCAGUAGAUCAGGAUGUCAAUAACAGCAGUGUUGGCAUUGAAUAUGUUUUGAAUGGAGGUAACACAUCUGACUUCUUCCAGAUCCAAGCGGACAAUGGAAAAGUAAUGUUAUAUCAAAGUGUGGAGGAGAGCAUAAAUUUGUUUUUCACUUUACUUGUGUUGGCAAAAGAUCAAGGCACCCCCUUUUUAUCAUCACAGACUGAAAUCACUUUUGAAAUUACAGGGAAGAAUCAAUUUUCUCCAAGCUUUGGUGAGCCAACUGUCACUUUCUCUGUCCCUGAGGACUUGUCAGUAGCAUCAGUAAUUGGGAAAAUUAAAGCAGAAGAUAGGGAUUAUGGUCCCAAUGGUGCCAUUAUGUACUGCUUUACCCCAGAAAAUCAAUAUUUACCAUUUUCUGUAGGAGAAGCCUCUGGACUGCUAACACUGAUAAGAGAGCUUGACUUUGAAACAGAAAGUAUUUAUCAUUUCCAAAUCAAAGCCGUGGAUGGCGGCUGGGUCUCUAAAACCGGCGUGUUAAAUGUUACGGUGGUAGUUAUGGAUGUGAAUGACAAUCCUCCAGUCUUUUCUUCCUCAGAGUAUACUGCCUCAGUGUUAGAAAACUCAGACAUUGGAACUAGAGUUCUAGAUGUGAAGGCUGUGGAUGCUGAUUCAGGUGCAAAUGCACAAAUAUUCUACUCUCUUGUUGCUGGCCACGUGGAUAAAUUUGCAAUUGAUUCGAGAAAUGGCACAAUCACCACCUUGGAUGUUUUUGAUUACGAGCGAGAGCAGAUCUUUGAUAUAACUAUCAGAGCUUCAAACACUGGGGGUCAUGCUUUAUUUAGUCUGGCACAUGUUGUCAUCCAAAUCUCAGGUGUCAAUGAGUUCACACCUAAAUUCAGGACAAAACAAUUCAACUUUUUGGUAUUUAAAAAUGUGCCUGUUGGAAGUAGGAUUGGAAAAGUAACAGCUACAGAUGAUGACCUAGGCUCUGAAGGUCAAGUGUUUUACCUGAUGUUUGGUCAAAACAAAUAUGUGGGCUUUGAAAUCAACAAAUUUUCUGGAGUAAUAUACACGACUGGCAGUUUGAGAAAACAAGGUAACAAUCACAUAGUUUUAAAAGUCCUAGCGAAGAAUUCUGGUAUUAUUACUGGCAUGGAUGUAGACGAGACUUUGGUCCACAUCAGUGUGAUCGACAUGAACGAUGCACCCAUAUUCAACUCUGCACUUUAUGUGACACAAGUUACAGAAGACAGCCCAGUCGGGACAUCAGUGAUAACUGUGAGUGCUCUGGAUCAUGACUCAGUCUUAGACUGGAAUAAUUUCUUUUUCAGUAUUGAAAAUGGAAAUGCAAAUGUCUCUUUUGCCAUCGAUCCAAGCAGUGGUGUUAUUUCAGUAAACUCUCAACUUGACAGAGAACUGUUGCCAUUUUAUAAUCUGACUGUUACAGCCACUGAUAAUGGCUCUCCGCCAGCCACUGGGACUACUAAUGUUGUUGUAACUAUUGAUGACAUUAAUGACAAUGCUCCCGAACUCACGUUCACCGAGGCUCAAGUCAGGGAAAAUCAGCCUCAAGGCACCAUAGUUGCAAAAUUAACUGCAUCUGAUUCUGAUUUGCCGCCAAACCAGGGACCUUUUACCUACUGGUUGGUAAAUCCUUCAAUGGAUACUGCUUUUUCCCUGACCCCUGAUGGAGUGUUGUUCACUACACAGACUAUUGAUCGGGAACACAUCUCUGCAUAUCGAGUCCUGGUGGCUAUUAGGGAUGCAGGGAUCCCUCUGCUGUCAUCAACAACAAUGAUCCACAUCGAGGUUGUAGAUGAAAAUGAUAAUCCUUCAUUUCCUAGAAACAUCUUCAUCGAGGUGAAAUAUUUUGGCAGUUCUUUCCAAGGAGGCAUAAUUGGCAAUGUCCGUCCUGAGGACCAGGAUGUGUCUGAUACUUUCAACUGUGCCAUCAAAAGUGGUCCACCUAACAUGUUUACAGUAGCUAAUGACACAUGUGAGCUGUGGUCGUCUCCUUUUCAAGGCGAAGCAACAUUAAACGUCACUGUUGAAGCUACAGACCAGGUUCACUUCCCAGUCAACAACAGCAUCUACGUAAACUACAAAGGUUUCACAAAUGCUUCUAUAGACAGCUGUAUAUUCUUCUAUGUGUCAUCAUCUUCAAUGGAAGAGUUUUUGUCAAAUAAGUAUUUGCGAUUUGUAAAAGCUCUGGACAGUCUGUUCAAUAUGCAGGCCUCGAAGACUCAUGUAUUCGGAAUUAAACAUAUUGGCAGGGAAAUUCUUCUUUUGGCUGCAGUUAAAAAUUACAACGGCCAAUAUCUUAGCAGAGAGGUAGCGAGUGGUAUCUCUGCAGGCCAUAGGAAACUACUGGAGGCUCAGAGCAAUGUGACGAUUUCUCACAUCACCAGUGAUCCAUGUCUCACCAGCGCUUGUCAAAACGGAGCAACAUGCAACAAAAACAUUUACAUCAGCCAAGAUGUUGCGGUUCUUGAAAGCACGGCGGUCAUUUUUGUUUCACCGAGGAAAGAGGUUUUUAAUUGCACCUGCCCGGUCGGCUUCACUGGCACACUGUGUGAAGAUGACAUCAAUGAAUGUGAGGUGAAUCCCUGUGAAAAUCAAGGCACAUGUGUGAAUACUCCAGGAGGUUUCUACUGUCACUGUCAAAGUGGCUUCUCUGGCAUUUUCUGCUCUACUGAUGUAGAUGAAUGCCUGAAGCUGAAGUGUCAAAACGGAGGAACUUGUACUCCCACUAAGGAUGGAACUCACUGCCAGUGUGUGUCUGGAUUUGAAGGAGAAAUGUGUGAACAGCUGGUAGACCAUUGUAGAUCGACCCCUUGUGUUCAGGGCCGCUGCAUCAAUUCACAGGCAGGAUUCACUUGCAACUGUCCCUUUGGUGUAAGUGGACUCUUCUGCGAGGAGCACAGUUAUGGCUUUGAGGAGCUGUCCUUCAUUGAGUUUCCCCCAUUGGAUCGCAGGACUAAUUUAAUCUCUCUGGAGUUUGCAACUGUGCAGAGGAGCUCUCUGCUCCUGUACAACCCCGGAGGACUGUCCAGCAGGGAGUUCUUUGCACUGGAGAUACUAGAUGGGGCCAUACAUGUCUCUUAUGACCUGGGCUCAGGACCUGUGAGGCUACAGACAAAGAAACAAGUGGCAGAUGGAUAUUUUCACAGUGUCACUGCCAGGAGGAUUGGCAACAUGGGUUCUUUGCAUGUGGACAACUGCACAGAUGUUGAGAACACUGGAUUUUGUUUUUCACAGAGUGACGGCAGAGGCUCAGAGAGGACACUUGAUGUUGGUAGUAAUAUGACAUUUGGAGGACUGAGAACUUUUGAAUCUAUUUUGCUGCAUCCAGGUCAGAUAAAAACUCAUGAUUUCAUUGGAUGUAUUCGCAACAUUCAUGUGAAUGGCAUCCUGCUGAGACCUUCGAUGGCCCUUGCAACAUUUAACAUUCUUGAUUGGUGCCCUCGGCAAACUCCAUCACCAUGUCACAUUAACCCAUGUAAGAACAGUGGCACGUGCCAUGACCUUUGGUCUGACUAUGUGUGUGAGUGCAAAACUCCUUUCACUGGAAGUAACUGCACCAAAGGAGUGUCAGAAGAGCUUGUAUUGCGAUUUAAUGGGAAUGACUACAUUGAAUAUGUCAUCAAAGAGCGAGUCAAGAGAGACUACCUGCUAAAAAACCUGCUGGGUGAUGAAAAAGAGGAAAACACCAGAGACCAAACAGUGAUUAACAUCAAGUUCAAGACCAAAGAUAAUGGCGUGUUGAUAUUUGUUGUUAAACAGACAGGAUACAUUAUGUUGAAGAUAAAUGAUAGAAAGCCUGUCUACAUUUCCAAAGACAUGCUGUCAGGACACCUGUCAGAGUUCACUGUGGACUCACCCGUGGCUGACGGGGACUGGCAUGUCCUCCUUUUGUUCAGCAAUGGACGAAGCAGUUAUCUGCUUCUGGAUGGUAAACCAGCCUUGAACUUCACUGACCCAAGUUUGGAUCUCACUCCUGUUAGUGUGGAAAAGAUUAUUAUUGGUGCAGCUCUGUCAGGUGAUUCAAAGUUCCAGCAUUCAGGGUUCACUGGAUGUGUGCAGUAUUUCAACGUGACUGGUUUCGCUCUGCCUGUCAGUGGGCGCAGCGUGAUGGUGGAUGUCUGGCAGAGCUCGACUCUUGUCCAGUCAAGCUGCAGCUCUCCAGGUGUCUGCAUCCCCUCGCACUGCUCUGGGGAAUACACAGCCGGGAGGGGGUGUCUCUCUGCACACUGUCAAAACUGGUGGAGGUGUGGACUUGCUGUGCAGAACAAGUCUUGCAUCUGUUUACAUAAUGUCUCUGACCACGCCUGCGAUAUCUGUGUCCUUCCAACACAGAGUCGUGAUCGAUGCUCUGAGGCACAGGGCAGCAUGACUCUGUGGCUCAUAGCUGUGGUUUUUCCUCUAAUCUUCAUCCUGGUGAUUAUAGGAAUGCUUGUUGCCCUUUACAGAGUGAAGCAUCAGAAUGCCAAGUGUAAGAGUGAUAGCUCAUCACAGAGAACAGAGCAGGGGACAGACAAUGCAGCCUUUUGUUUCGAUGACAGUAGAACGCUCAGAGGUGCUGCAUCUGCAGAAAAGGAGACACAAGAUGACCCAAUGAGUGCUGACGAGCGGAUCUUAAGCGUGGAGUUUUACUGUGAUGCCAGUCUGUCAAGUGCUCAGCCCGUGCCAAACAGUGAGCUGGAGUAUUACGAAAUCUGCAGCAUCUCUAGUGCAUCUUAUUCAGACACUGCCUCACUGCAACUCAGCUGGCACAGGAGUUUGUACGCCACAAAGUGUGUGAAAACUGAACCUAAACGGUGGGGAGAUUUGAAGAUGCUGUUAGCAGGAUUAAAAAAGGAAAGUACCAGCAAGCAGAGGGAAAUAAGUCCUACAAAACCACAAAAUGUAGCUUCUCUUGACAAGCAGCUGAUGGGUAAGACUGAUGCAGAGCAGUUGCAGCAUAGCCCUCCUCCAUAUAAGAAGAGAUGCCUGCAACCAGAGUUCCUGGAGCCUGUACAGUGCCUCACUUUUGAAGAAAUUAGUAAACUAAACGCUCCACUGGAGCAAACAAUGUCACACCAAGCAUCCCUGAAGCCCGGAUCAGCCAAGUGCACCACAGCGAUCAAUGUGUCAUCUCAUAGUGAAACAGACAGCACAUUCACCGGCAUGGAGUCUGAGUGUGGAUGGUUUUCUACCAUCAGCGCCAAGAAAUAUAUACGUGAGCAGUCAUCCCUGUCAGGGUGCAGCUUCAGACAACAGGCCAUCUGGCCUGUCGGCUCAUGCUUACCUCACACCUCUCAGUCUGCUGCAGGUCAGUAUGAAGUCAAGAGUGCUCCUUCCAGUAUGUUUGCACAAUGGGAAAAUAUUUUAAAUAUGCACCUACCUUUUAGCAGCUAUGCCCCUGUGUUUGAGGACAUUGCAUGUCUACCCUCUGAAUCCACUCAUAGCUAUGAUAUGCAAAGUGACAUAGAGGAAAUUAUUUGAUGGUCAUUAUAUAAGUGUAGCUAAUGAUAUUUAGUCUGUUUUGUUCUGUGAACUUUGCAGAAAUUGUUUGUGAUUCAGUUAAUUAACAAUGUAAAUUAAUUUUAGUCUCAGUUUUAGUUCGGACUUUGACCGGUUUCUGAACAACACCAUUUUAAUUGGUUCAUGUUUACUUGGUCAAGUUUAAGGUUAAUGUGACCUUGUAGAGUGUGAAUGAAUAAAUUCAUGUGGCCUAAAAUUAAACCGUACUUCCACUACCUUACUUCCACAGUGUCCACUCUGUUUUAACGUAGGAUGCCUGAUGGCUUGGCUUCAUCUAGUGGACAAAGUUUAGGUUAUAUCCAAAGGCUCUCUGUUAAACUGCUUAUUUGUAAAUUGUUUCUUUGUUAAAAAUUGUCUAUUUACACUAGCACGUGGUGGAGAGCAAUGUUGGGGCAUGUUGUGAUGCACUCUUUUUCAAGCUGAGUGAAGAGGUUUCACAAGCUGCCUAUGGGAAUAAAGUACACACAUUCUGCGCAAACAGAAACACUCCACAGUGUAAACGAUAUUAGGCUACAGUUACAUUUCUCAAAUAUAAUCAACAACAUAAGUGUUGACAAACUCCCAGACACGUAUUUGCAAACACAGAGACUUUUUUUUAAUGAAUUGUUUUAUAAUUGUAAUAAUUUAUAGAUUAGAAAUUAUUCUCAGUCUGUUAUUCAG